UCCUCUCCUCGUGGCCCUCUCUCCCUGCCAACCCAGAAGGCCUACGACGUGAUCGUGGUGGGAGGAGGAUCGUCAGGUUCCGUGGUAGCCGCGAGGCUGAGCGAGGAGGAGGACCUGAGCGUGCUGCUGCUCGAGAGCGGGCCGAGGGACUCCAACCUCCUCCUCGACGUCCCUCUUGCUUGCGGGACGCUGCAGCGCACGAAGCGGGACUGGCAGGUGGAGACGGAGCAGCAGGAAGGACACGCAUGCAGAUCGAUCUCGUGGCCGAUGGGGAAGACACUAGGAGGAGGGAGCUCGAUCAACUACAUGGCGUACGUGCGAGGAAACCCUGAGGACUUCAACGAGUGGGAGCGACGGGGAGCGACGGGCUGGAACUACACGACCGCCCUGCGCUACUUCAAGAAGGCUGAGAACAACCAGAACCUUCGCUGGUCGAGCUACCAUGGCGUUCAUGGCCCCUUGUUCGUCUCCGACCCCGUGGAGCGGAGUCCCUUGACAGCAGCGUUCGUGGAAGGAUGUGCAGCGGCGGGGCUGGGAGAGAAUCCUGACUACAACGGGAAGGAGCAGGAGGGAUGUGCGCAUCUGCAGAGCACGACGUACAGGGGGAGGAGGUGGAGCGUGAGCAGGGCUUACCUGCGUCCUGCGAUGAGGAGGAGGAACUUGGAGGUGGUCGUAGGAGCUACGGUCCUCAAGGUCGAGAUCGACUGCAGCGGGCAGCAGGGAGGGGGAAAGGAGAAGUGCCAGGCCAAGGGAGUGUGGUUCCGAGGGGAGGACGGGAAGGACGUGUACGUGGAGGGGAGGAAGGAGAUUCUGCUGGCAGCGAGUGCCGUGCAUACUCCGAAGCUCCUGAUGCUGUCCGGGGUCGGGGAGGAGGAGCAGCUGAAGAAGCACGGGAUAGAGGUCAAGGUUUCCUCCCCUGGGGUGGGAAAGAAUCUGCAGGAUCAUUUCUUCUACGGCCUCAUGUUCAACGUCACCAGCCCCGUCUCCUAUCGCAGGAAGGAUGCCACCAGCACCUGGUCGUUCCUCUCCUGGCUCCUCGCCCAUAGGGGACCCCUGACCUCACCCAUGCUCGAGGCCGUCUCGUUCUCGAGGACGCGGCCGUCGCUGACGCUGCCUGACCUGCAGCUCCACAUGAUCGCAGCUGCAGGCUCUCGCUCCGACUUCCUCAACUUCGGCUUCAACGAGGAGAUGCUGCGAUGGUACGACAUCUCCCCCCUCACCCACGGCCUCGCCAUGUUCCCCACCCUCCUCCACCCGGGCACCACCGGCAGCGUCUCCUUGCGCUCUGCUGACCCGCUCGACCCUCCUCGGGUUGACCCUAAGUACCUGCGGCACCCAGACGACAUGGCCACGCUGUUGGAGGGCAUCCGCCUCAUCCUGCGCAUCGUCAGGACGGCGGAGAUGCGGGAAUGGACGGACGGGAAGCUCCUCUACAACCAGCGCGACUGCCAGGCCUCCUCCUGCGGCUGCCCGUCGGAGCCUCUGGAGGAGACGCCCGACUCCUUCUGGGAGUGUCAGAUCCGAGCGGUAGGUGGGACCGUCUACCACCCUGCGGGGACAGCGAGGAUGGGAGCUGACGGGGACCCCCUCGCCGUCCUCGAUCCCCUUCUGCGUGUGCGAGGGGUGCGGGGGCUGCGGGUGGUGGACGCGUCGUCAUGGCCGAUGGUGACUAGCGGCAACACAAACGCACCCACCAUCAUGGUGGCA